GCGGGGCCGGAGGUGAACGCUGCCUUUGCUUGUGGCGCUGUAGGCUGAGCCUCGGUGUUCCCUUGUGCUCCGUGGUUUUGUAUUAUUCUGAAAUCUUUCAGUCUGGUAGUGCCCCAGUCAGUAAAACCUUAAUGGAAAAAAUAGUAAUCUGUUAAUCCUCGUUUCUUGUUUUAUGUGCUUUUCCUUCUCUGAGAGUUUAUGGCAAAACAUAACAUUAGAGGCGCUGAUCCAUCACUUUUCCGUGAGUCGAUGUUCUGCCUGCUAGUGUCCUGCUAGCUGUAGCUGUAAACGUUAGCGUGAGCCGCGGCAAACCUGUGGAGCAGUGCUGGGAGAGAGGGCCAGCCCAGCCUGCCCACAGUACAGAGGUGGGGAAGAGAGUUUCCAGACAGCUGACAAAUGCAGCACGCGUUGAGAGGUCUUGAGUGUAUUUCAAACUCAAGCAGGAAAUCUUCGGAAUGAAAAAAGCUUUCCAAGAAUGGCAGCAACACAGACUUGAAAACUAUUUUAAAGGCAGAGUCUGUUGGUUCCAGCAACAUGGAGGCUGAUGUCAGCUUGAAGUUCCGUCAGCAGCUUCUGCUCAUUGAUGAAAAUCUGGUGGCUGAAGAUGUAGCAGCUUUAAAAUUUCUCUGUACUGACUUGCUCCCCUUCAGAAAACUAGAAAGCGUGAAGUCAGCAGUGGACAUCUUUCAGCUUCUCAUGGCUGAAGAAUAUCUGAAUGAGGAAGAUACUUUCCUACUAGCUGAACUCUUAUAUAGAAUUAAAUGUCACUCCUUGCUCAAGAAACUUGGUUAUACCAAGGAGAAAGUGCAAGAAUGUCUGCAUGAGAAGGCAAGGGUAUCUCCAUACAGGCAGAUGCUGUAUGAAUUGUCAGAAAACAUUACCAAUGAGAUGUUGAAGGAUAUUGUAUUCCUCCUGCAAAACUGUCUUCCAAAGCGACGGAUACCUCUUUCUGCUCUGGAAUUGCUGAUUUUAUUGGAAAAACAGGGCCUUUUAACUGAAAACAAUGUACAGUUGCUGGAGGAAGUCUGUAUGAAUGUUUCACCUGAUCUCCUGGAAACAGUAAACUGCUACAAAAGGGCAAAAGUGUCUUUCCCUCAGCAGGAGAACACUCUGCCCGUCAAGGAAUCUUCACUGUCUCACACUGGAGACUUCAGAGUAUUCACUUCCCCACAGGAGACCUCAAUCAAAUCUGUUGGUUCUAAUAUCAAUGAUAACAAAGCAGCUAAUCUUACACAAGGCUUCUCUGAUAUGAACCUGGAGCUGCCUGGAGAAUUCAGCAAUGUAGAAAAUGAAUCCAAGAAGAUGACAAGCUACAAAAUGGAUGGACCACACAGAGGAUUUUGUCUUGUUAUUAAUAAUGUUAACUUCGAUAAGUCUCUUCAGGAGAGGAAGGGUUCUUGCAAAGAUGCUGGGGAACUGGAACGAGUAUUCACAUGGCUUGGUCUGGAUGUCAGGACUUACACAGAUCUGACGUCUCAGGAGAUUAAAGAUCUCAUGCGAACUUGGCAGCGUUUGCAAGAUCACAAAGACAGGGACUGUUUUAUAUGUUGUAUUCUAUCUCAUGGAGAGUCAGGAGCGAUCUAUGGGAAGGACGAGGAACUUGUGUCAAUCCGCAUGAUCAUGUCCCACUUCACUGCCAAACAAUGUCCACAGCUGGCUGAAAAACCCAAACUCUUCUUUAUCCAAGCAUGCCAGGGUAAAGAGAUACAGUGUCCUGUCUAUGUUGAAGCUGAUGCACGAAUUCCUGAUUUGUCUUCCAUGCAACAGAGCAUUUCUCCUUCUGAAAGUAUUCCUGAAGAGGCUGAUUUCCUCCUAGGCAUGGCCACAAUUGACGGAUAUGUCUCUUUCCGGCACAUUCAACAGGGUGCUUGGUAUAUUCAGGCCCUGUGCAGCAAGCUACAGUUGUUGGUCCCAAGGGGUGAAGAUAUUUUGUCGAUUCUUACAGAAGUUAAUGAAGACGUGGGGAGACGUGUUGACCGCUUGGGGACAAAGAAGCAGAUGCCCCAACCAGCAUAUACCUUAAGAAGAAAAUUUAUAUUCCCAAUACCUAGAGACCCUCCUCCUUCACAGCAACAUUGAGGCUUUUAAAA